AGUGGCUGGCAAAUUAGCUUUUGUAUUCUAUGUCAAAGCUGAGUUUUUGCUUUUCAGAUUCAUGCAUUAAUUUAAUAUGUCGCUUUGUCAUUUAAAUAUCAAAAUUUAAAGUGGAUUUUUUUUUUUUUUUUAUGGCAACUUAUGGUAAAGUUAAGGAAUGGUCGCGGUCAUUGAUAUGCAGGCCAAAGGAUAAUCUAACAACCGAGGCUGGCUUACGGGCACAGCGACAUGCAAUGGUGUCAACCAUCGAGUGUGAGUCUUUUCCAAACUCGAUGUCGAUGCUGAUUGGCAUGGAGUACGGGAGGACUUGGUUGCGGGACCGCGAUGAAUUUCAAAAGAAGCAUGACUCGAAAGCUCAGGUAAAGUUCAUCAAGAACGACUUUGAAUGGUGGCUGAAGCUGCGCAAGACAAAUAGGUGCACCUGCUCCCUCUGACAACUUUUCCCGUUUUGUGAAAAGUUUCGCUGCAUUUUGCUUACAAGUACAAUUAAAUUACUACUGCUGCUGCUACUGCCGACCGAAAAAGCUAUGCGUUCGUAACGGUAUUAGCAAAGACACACACCACGUCGUCGCAAGCUUUUCACCCAUUGUAAUUGCGCAAAGUUUGUUGCUAUCAGCUGGCUGCUGUUCAGUGCAAAAUUUCUUGCUGCGACAAUUGUGGAAAAUGUGUAUAAUUAAAAUUAAGCGAACUU